ACUUCAGAACUCUGUACUUUCCAAAUCCCAUAACAAAAUUUUCAGCAACGAACAAACAAAAAAUAGAAAGUAGUGCAGUGGAAGUGAAAAGUGACAAACAAUGGCUUCGUCAAGGUGCACCGCUCUUCCUACUCAGCUCACCACUCCCCGUCGCCAUCUCAGAAAACCUUCUUCUUCAGUGUCCCUGUCUUGGAGACGCAAUUUAGCACAAGACAACUUCGUUCAAGUUUCUUCAUCAUCAUCCGUAACUUCAUCCUCUUCUUUCUCCUCUCAAGGAAACGGAAGUAUAAAAUGCACAACGGAAAGAACAGUAGUAACAAAUUUAGCACCAGGUACACCUGUUAGACCAACGAGUAUACUAGUUGUUGGAGCUACCGGAACUUUGGGUCGUCAGGUUGUGAGACGGGCACUUGAUGAAGGUUAUGAUGUUAGAUGUCUUGUGAGACCAAGACCUGCUCCUGCUGAUUUCCUUCGUGAUUGGGGUGCGACUGUUGUCAAUGCAGAUCUUAGCAAGCCAGAAACAAUACCAGCAACAUUAGUAGGCAUUCAUACAGUAAUUGACUGUGCAACAGGACGUCCCGAAGAACCCAUAAAAACGGUAGAUUGGGAAGGAAAAGUUGCUUUAAUACAAUGUGCAAAAGCAAUGGGAAUCCAGAAGUAUGUUUUCUUUUCCAUCCACAACUGCGACAAACAUCCAGAAGUCCCUCUAAUGGAGAUCAAAUAUUGUACUGAGAAGUUUAUACAAGAUGCAGGUCUACCCUACAUAACUAUUCGGUUAUGUGGUUUCAUGCAGGGACUAAUUGGGCAGUAUGCAGUGCCUAUACUGGAAGACAAGGCUGUUUGGGGAACUGAUGCUCCAACACGAAUCGCUUACAUGGAUACCCAGGAUAUAGCUCGACUAACAUUUAUAGCUCUGCGUAAUGAGAAAAUUGACAACAAGCUUCUCACAUUUGCUGGGCCACGCGCGUGGACAACCCAAGAGGUGAUAACAUUGUGCGAGAGGCUUGCUGGGCAAGAUGCAAAUGUAACAACAGUUCCUGUCUCAGUCUUGAAAUUUACAAGGCAAUUGACACGGUUGUUUGAGUGGACAAGUGAUGUUGCUGAUAGACUGGGAUUUUCAGAGGUUCUCACAAGCGAUACGGUUUUCUCAGUUCCUAUGAAUGAGACAUAUAGCCUACUUGGGGUGGACCAAAAGGAUAUCAUAACACUUGAGAAGUAUUUGCAGGAUUAUUUCACAAACAUAUUGAAGAAAUUGAAAGACCUGAAAGCAUCGUCUAGACAAUCCGACUACUACAUCUGAGAAAGGCCUUCUUUCUUUCUGUGUAAGCGUGUUAAUGUGCAUUCGGGUGUUGUAUCUAUGAAUGAGGUAUAAAUGACAUCAUGUAAGAGUAACAAGAAAAGAAAAAAAAGUGAGAUAAAGAAACGAGGCGCGCUCUUUAUUUCUUUUUCCAUUUGUUGAUUGAUAUCUGUAAAGAGAUUGAAAGUGGAAAAAGAAACAAAGAAGGAAGAAGAAUUUAAAAGCA